AACUAAACUAAUUUACAAAACUGUAUCCGAUACGAUAAGAAUAUUAAAGAAACAACUUUUAAUAAGGCGAGUUGCCUUACCAUCAAAACGUUUUUGGUUAUAAAAUAAUAAAUGAAGAAAGACUGCCUUAUACAGACAUGCCCAAAGUUGUUGAUAAAAAGAAAGAUUAUGAUGUUUUAGGUUUAGCAUCUUUUGCGGACGAAGACGAGGUUAAGAAAGCUUUUGCACGACUUGCUCUCAAAUACCACCCAGAUUUACAUUACACAAAUAAGGGUAAAGGCGAAACAAAUCAACAGUGUCGCGUAAAAUUUCAAGAAAUUUGUAGAGCUUACAGAAAAAUUAUGGCAGAUGAGAAUGGUGUAGAUCAAAGUAGUGAUAGUGAUGAGAUAUUUUUUACUUUUCUGGGAAGAUUUCUACAAGAACGAGCACCAAAAAAUGAGUUAUAUACUCUAUUUACACCAAACCACAAACCACAAUUUCAAAGUGAUAAUGAAUACAGAUGCUUAGAGGAUGCAAUUGAUGAAGAAGGAGAAUGUGAACUUAAUAAGCUCGUUGAGAUAUUAGAGAAUCGUUUACAGAAUGGGAAAUCAGUUCCAGCAGGUUUAACACAUGACAAGUUAGUUCGGCUAAAAGAUGACUUUAUUAGGCAGAAAGAAGAAAACAGGCGUUUAGAUCAGAUGCCUGAAACACAAGUUAAAAAAUUACAAAAUAAUUGUUCUAUGUCAAAGCCAAAACCAAAAAAUCGGAAGCAACUACUAGCCGAGCAGCGCAGGAGAGAAAUAGAGAUGGCCAAGAUCGCCAAAGAACUUGAAGAAAAAAAGAAAAAGGAUGAUGAAAAAGAACAGAUUCGUAAAAUGCAAGAAAUAGAACGUCAAAAAAUACUUGAAGAGGAAAUAAAAAAAGAAGAAGAAAUUAAAAAAAAACAGUUCAACGAAGUUAAGAAAAAGAAAGAGCGAGAAGAUAAAGAAAGAGAACAGAGAUCAUUGAAAGAAAAGGAAAAAGCUGAUCACCUUAAAAAAUCUAAAGAAGAAGAGCAAAUAAAAAAAGAAGAAGAAAAAAAAAGGAAGGCAGAAGAAAAAUCUACAAAACAGAAAGCUGUAAAAGAUACCAAAGAAAUUGAAGAGAGAGAAAAAGUUAAUGAGAAGCAGAAGUUACAGACAAAACAACGAUCACAGCAAUAUCAGCAAUAUCAACAACAACAGCAGAAGUAUCCUCGUGAAGUUCCACCACGUUUUUUGAGACAACAACAGUUAAAACAAACUCCUCGUAAAGAUUACGAAUAUUCUUCUAAUGAAAUUUAUUGCAAUAUACCUCAAUGUGAAGAUGAUAAAGACAGUGAAACUUGGGAUAAUGAUAAUAAUGAAAAUUUAGUUGUAGCGCCAGUUAUUGAAAAUUCCUGGGGUGGUUUGCCAGCCUCAGAGGACUGGGAUUUAGAGUUAAAUAAACAGGAAACUACUGACUGUGUUGAAAUAGAUAGCAGAUCAGAUACAAUUGAAAGUGAACAUUUUAAUAAAAAAAGUGAUUAUAAACCAAAUACAUUAAUAGAACAGCAUUCCACAAUACAUAAUUCUUCUUUAAUAGCAAAUUCUUCAAUUAGUCCAUUUACAACUAUAUCAACUGCAAAUGUAAGUAUUGCCCCUUGUAAUGUAAAUACAGACUCUUCUUGGGGAGCCAGUUUAACAGGCUCAACUUGGGAGUCAACUGUGAAAAACAUUUUAAAUUUUGAAGUAAGUGAUAAUAUUGGGUUAAAAGAAAAAAUGCAAAAAAUAGAUCCUAAAACUCUUACCUUAGAUUCUACUAGUUACAUUCAGACGUCUAAUCCAAGAGUUACUUCUUGGGCUGGCCUAGAUAGCUUUGAAGCUGGACCCAGUAAAAUUGAAGAAAAUGUUGUUUGUUAUACUGAAAAAAAAAAUAUGAAUAUGUCAGAUUGUUUAUCAAAUGCAAUUCAUUGUUAUAAUGAAACUGAGAAGGUUACUCAGUUAAGUGAGCAAAUCUCUUUAUCCUCUUCCCUUGAUACUAAAAUUGAUAGUAAUCUAAAAGUUACCGGGUGGUUGCAAAGCUCAAAUCCAUCAGAAGAUUGGGAACUUGAUAAACAUGAAGAAGAUCUAGGAUGGACUACUGUAUCUUUAAAAGCCAAGAAAACUGCCCCUCCUAGUGUUACAAGUAAUACUCCAACAUCAUCAAAUCAAUCAAAGUGUGAAGGUGUGAUUGCUACACCUAAUGCUGCAAACAAUAAUGCAUGGACUAAUCGGGCUUUGAAACAGCUUCUUGAUAUGGGAUUUAAGAGAGAUCAUGCAGAGAAAGCAUUAAAAAAUAACAAUGGGAUAAUUGAAAGUGCAGUUAGCGACCUUCUCAUGGGAACUGAAAGUUCUGAGAAACAGUCUGUCGAAAAAUCUUCUGAAUCGGAGAAUACUAGUACACUUAAGUUAAAUCGCAAACAGCGUCGUAAACUUCAACAAAUGUCUGCGGAGCAAUGUAAUGAUCCAAUAUCUAAUCUUUCACCAAAACCAGUAGUUCAAGCAGAAUCUUUAUCAUCGACUACAAAAGAACCUGCCAAGAUCAAAGGAGAUGGUUUAUUACCGACUCCACCACUUAGCCACAGACUGGUUCCUUGUGAAAGUUCUGUGGCUAUUGAAAGAACUAUUACUCGCCCUUUAAAAUCUACAGAUACGAAAGGUGCAUUUCAAAAAGUAGUGACAAGACCGAUUGUUUCUACGCAAGAAAGUAUCAUCACAUCAACGUCUCUUAGUUCCAUUGGAACAUUAAGAUCUAUUAGUAAUGAUCCUAACUAUAGCACGGCUUCUAUUGGAGAUGAAAGUAAUAACGCUAUACUUCAGCCUCCAGUUAACCCAGUUUUGCUAGCUCAAGUGCAUUUGCAAAAAUUAGGGCUCAAUGAUUCUAAGUCGACGCCUUUUCCUUUAGUGACUACCGCAGAAUCUGUUACUAAUAAUAUGAUUCAUCAUUACUUGCAACAAAUUUCCCAAGUCUCAGUCCCUGACGUUUCUGCACCAAAGGUUUCUGUUCUUUUUCCACACCAUCAUUUGUCCUCCUCGUCGCAGCAAAUGCCUACAUCUUCAAUUCAUAUUUCCGGAUUAAUACAUCAAUCACCCAUAGCUGUUUCUAGUUAUUCGGAUGGUCCACAGAGAUCCAAACUAUUGCAAUGGACACAAUCUAAUUCUUGUGCACAAAGUGAUUCAGGUACUUCACAGUUCUGCGAUGAUAAACCAUUUCAAUCUGUUGAUCCAGUGUCAGCAAAAUGGGGAGUUAUUGCAGCUCCACGGUUGUCACCGACACCUGCAGAAUUUAGACCAGGUGUUCCGUGGAAAUCACGAACUGAUACAUUUGAUGAGAAUGAAUUAAAACAUGACAAUAUAAAUCCGAAAAAACAAGUUACUCGAGUUAUAAACAAUUCAUUUUCUGUCACUAGUAGUGUUACUUCUUCAAUUCUUGUUUCUACAGUUAACAAGCAUCAACCAGAUCAUUUAUCCAGGAGAACACCGCCUGGACUUCAAAGUGAUCUAAAAGAUAGAUCUGAAAAUCAGUUUUGUUGGUUAACAUUAAAAGGGAUAGCUUCUGCUGUUGAGCUUUCCAAAAUUCGUCAAAUUUGUUCUCAAUUUGGAACGGUUUUACAUUUACGCGUGAUCGGUGACGUAGUUUACGUUUGCUUUGAGACUAGUAUUCAAGCACAAAAUGCUUGCCUAUCUCUUAACGGAAAAGUUGUUUCAAAUUCUCAAAUUGUUGCGGAAGUUUCAAUAGAAUCAGAUUUUAAUCACAUUGUAUCAAGUCCAGUUCAUGAGAUAAAUCAGCCAUUUUCAAAUAUGUCGUCAUUUGGAAAUGCGUGGACAUCUGCGGGCGAGAAAAUAUAUACCCCACCGCUUUCUCACAUGUAUUCACAACAAAACUUCCAACCUGCUUACGUAUCUCCUAAUGCUCUUAUAAAUAGCGGUUUUAAUCAAUGGACUAUGGGUGUUCCCCAACCUUUGUAUUCUAACUCUAAUCAGCUUUGGACAACCGCCCAACAACAAUCCAAUUUGUAUCAAUGCUACACUCCCAAUAAUUGGCAUCCUGCGACCUCGUCUGAUAUUACUCAGAUCCAUCCUAUGUUUAGUGCUGAUAUAGAUCGAUAUAUACCUGAAUUAAUUGUAAAGUGUAGGGAACCUACUUCAUGAAAUUGACAGAAAUAUAAAAGAUGAAUAAUGAAACCCUGAAAAAUGGGUGUCAGUGCUUGUUUAUCUUAAUGUCCAUAUUUAAUAAUAAUAACCUUCUUUGUUCUAUGUGUUGUUUGCAAUGUGUACCCCUGAAACACGGGGUUUCUAUGUGUUGCUUACAAUAUAUGCCCCCUGAAAUACGGGGUUUUCUAUACAAAUUAUUAUCUGCAAUCCUGAAAAGGUUUAUUGUAGAGUUGUUUUCUGUUGUGCGUGCAAACAAUUGUAAAAGUUUUUACCAAAAGAUACAAAUAUUUAA